AGUCGAAGACCUACCAGUUUCUGAGGGGUUGAUGCCGGGAAGUGAGUGAGUUCAGGGGUGAGUGAAGAGGGGAGGACGUUAAUUUACUUUGUGUAAACACUGGUCCAGUAGACAGAUUAUCAAGGUGAACGUGGCGGUAUGAGACAGAAAAUGGGCUCUGUAUGAGCUGAGAUGACGGGAACUGCAGAUAACCCAGACCUGAGUCAAGUAUGUCAGCCUGAGUGACCAGCUAUCAGCCUGUGUCCUGAAAUUGCCCUUGUCCGUCCGGAACACGGAAAGUUUUUCUAUAUUUGCAGAUGAGCAGAACUAAAAAUGAUGAAGAAGAUUAUUGGAACAGUACAAAAUGCAAAGCUUUUGUAUUUGAUGAUGAUGAUGAAUUUACAGAGCUGAAAGAGUCCAAGCGAGCAGUUAACAGUCUCCCUGGUAUUGUGGACGAUGAUGAUGAUGAUGUGGAGAAAGUUAGCUGGAGCGGGGAGCCUGUGGGAAGUAUCUCCUGGUCAAUCAAAGAGAGCACAACAGGAAUCCGAGCAGGUGACAUUAGAGACCUGGCACCUACAAGAUCUUCCUCUGAUGCAACGCAGGCGACUAUUUCCAAGCCUGCCUCUACAUAUUCCCUAAGCAGCUUCUUUAAAGGCAAAAGGGAUUCGUCAAACGCUUUAUUUGGGAUCGGCCGGCCUGGGAGUUUCCAGUCACUCUCUGAUUCUGUUGUAGGUUCAACCAACACAAGUUAUGCACCUGAUCUACGUAAAUCAAAGGCCGACUACAAGGACAUUUCAUUUGAUUGGAGUCCACUGGAGACAGUUAGACAAAUGCAGAAAGGCAGGAUGUACUCUUUGGAAAGGUUUCGCUCCUUGAAUGACAAACUACAUCUCAUGGAUGAAGCUGUUCGUACACACGAUGGAAAUGUCAUUACUGCAGUUUUGAUCUUCUUGAAAAAAUCAUUAAGCAAAGAAGUACUGUUUCGAGAACUGGAGUACCGGCAGGUUGCUCUACAGCAUUUUGUCUACUAUCUGAAAGAGACGGGCGAACAGAAACUACUGUUGGAAAUGCUCAAGGCUCUGGGAAGAACGGAAGAGGCUGCACUCUUGCAGUACAAGGAACAUUUGAAUAUCAAAGGACAAGUGAAAAAAACAGAAUAUUUAAAAAAUUGCAUUGGACUUCCACUUGCUUAUGAUGAUGCCACGUUUGUUAAGGACCACUAUACGCUGCUGGACAGACAAAUUAUUAUUGAGGAGAAUGACAAACGCAUUGAGGCAUCUGGACAAAUGGAGGUCUUCAGGAAACAUCCCAGGAAAGCCUCCAUCCUCCUCAUGCCACUAGUCACAACACUUUACUAUUCCUGCUUUUAUCAUUACGGGGAAUCCGAAGGAACAUUCAGUAGUCCAGCCAAUUUGAAAAAAACUUUCAAAAUUUCAGACAAACAAUAUUUGCUCACAACACUUGCGGCUCGUGCCAAACUGAAGGCUUGGAAAGAUGUUGAUACUCUAUUUACUACAAAGAAUUGGCUAGGGUACACCAAGAAGAAAGCCCCAAUUGGAUUUCAUAGAGUUGUGGACAUCUUGCACAGAAACAAUGCUCCAGUUGAGGUUAUUCAGGAGUAUGUUGCUUUAGUGGAUAGCACAGAACUGAGGUUGAACCUUGCCUCAAAGUACAAGUGCCAUAAUAUUGUGAUUGAUACCUACAGGGAUCUCAAAGAUCGACAACAGCUGGUUCUGUAUAGAGACAAAGUGGAAAAAAACUCACAAGAACAGAGGAAGAUAGACUAUAUCCUGAGCAAUUCUCAAAUCAGAUGGAAAAAUUGAUGAACCAAGACUUCCUGCAGGAAUGUCUUCUUUAUGGCUGAUUAUUAAGGGAGCUGGAGGUUGGCGAGUUGGUGAUCCUGGCAUUCGGCGACAAGGAAGAAUGAUCAACAACCAUUUUCUGAGAAUCGCAGAAGCUCUUCUCCCUCAUGCUUAAAAUGAAUAAUUAUAUAGGAGCUUAUAAAUUAAGUGUCAGAGCCAUACAUUUGUAAAUUUCAUAUGUAUCAAGUUGGUCAAUUGCAAGACUGUAACUUUUAAGAAGGAGGGGCAGAGUGGAGUGGGAGAUUGCUGGAUGAGAUAUGCCUGGUGAAUGACAUGAACAAAGUCCAGAUUCACCCAGCUAAAAUGUUCAGAAUACUGAGGACAAGAGGGGAGCUCUACUACAGAAAUCUCGGAAUUUAUUUUUAAGCCAGUAGAUGUUAGUUGGCUUGACAGAUUACUCCUCCCAUAAUUACACUAUAAAAAUACAAAGAAGUGCAAUUCCUGACUAUUACUCCAAAAUGAGAAGCAUAUUUGUUGUACAGAAAAUGAAAAACAAGUCACUCAUUAAGAAUACUUUUUGUAAUAAAAUAUAAAACUUUAGUAGCUUUCUAUGUUGCACUUCAUUUAUUUGUUCGGAUGGUUCAUUAUUUAUUUCCUGGACUAGGCACCAUUUCUGGCCUAUCUCCGAUCUUAAGAGUUGAAAAAGUGGAUAAGGGAAGAGUGAGGAUGUUUGUUUUCCUUCCUUCCCAUCACUGUGGGGGGAUUCUUCCAAUACUUUCUGGGAUA